AUGCCUGAGUUUGAGGCGUGGCGAGCCUCGCUCAACCCGCUCGUUGUCGACGUCGUCGGCGACUUCGCUGGCAGGGGCGUGUUUGCUAUCCACGGAGAAGCCUUGCUCACCCACUGCUUGACCAACGCGCUGGUCGAUUUUGACUAUGGCUUCCAACUCCUCCAUGUUGUGCAUGCCGUUGAGGCGUUCCUCGUCAAGCUGAGGAAUCGAGGAUGCAUCUUUAACGUAUUCUGGUUCGAGAAAGAGGCCGACGUUUGCAUGCCUCGCGAAGUCCGGGCCGACAGCUCCCGUGCCAGCAAAUACCGUCUUGCUCGCGUCGUGCUCAUCCAGCAUUUUUCCAGCCCGACCAGCCUCGGUGAGCUUAACGCAACAAGGUUCAGCCACACGUUCCCAAGUCUCGCGAGCAGCCUUUUUCGCGAAUACCUAGACAGCCACCCUCUCCACUUCUUCCUUGGUUCCAAUGCCCAUGAUGAAGAAUCCUUGGACAUCGACCAGCAGAUCACCCCCUUGGGAAUGCUGUAUGUGAUGGCGUCGGCCGGAUACUACGUGGCGUUUAUCGAAGGAGUUGAGUUCAAGAGCUCGAAGGCAUACUUUUCCUUGACAACACCGAAAGGCAAGGUUACACCUCUACCCGAGCGAGAAGAACACCUUUCAAUCCCGUCUGGCCCUUCGCCUCCCAUGGCGGGGAUGAUGAAGAAGGCCGCCGAGUCAGAAAUUGCCGAUGGGCUGACCGCGAGGGAGUUCAUCUCCGUCUUCUUGGUAUUGAGCUCUGUUGAUGUCGACGCUUUGUUCGGCUCCUCGGUGAACGCUAUUAGUCGGACUUCCGAAAGCCGGGGCACUCCAUCAGGGCCAAUGUCAACCGUCCUUCCCUUCAACCACCCCAUCAUGGAUCAGUAUCUGGCAGACGUCCAACUCCAAUCAACCGGGGUUGCGUCCGAGUCUGCGGUUUCAGACAAAAUCUUCCAAGAGUUGGCACAUUGGCGCAACGCCAAGCCACUGAUUGAUCCCAAGCACAUUGCGAAGCCCAAGGGAUUCUUCGCCAAAAAGAAGCAUCAACAGUUCAUGUCUGAUACGAUCGCCUACUCGGCUAGCCUGACAGGCGCCUCUGGAAAAAACAUCGACCCAGAAACCAUUAUCUCCCAGGAUCCUUCGGCAAACCCAAAGAGCUCCACAACCAACUCUCACGGCACGAAGAGACCAGAAAAGGCACCAAAGGCGAAGGAGGGCCCCAAGACCAACAAACAAAAGGCACACGAGAAAGCCGAAGCCCUGAUGCUAGAGAAACAAGCAGUGGUAUCAAGUUUCGACUCUGCACCAGAUCCCCGUGUUCCAUCUUUCCAUCCCGAUGCCUGGCAACGCAAGGUCCUUGACGCCAUAGAUGCCAACAAGAGCGUACUUGCUGUAGCGCCGACAUCAGCGGGAAAGACGUUCAUCUCAUUCUAUGCCAUGAAGAAAGUCCUGCAAGCGAACGACGACGACAUUUUGGUCUACGUGGCGCCCACUAAGGCCCUUGUCAACCAAAUUGCUGCUGAAAUCCAGGCGCGCUUUUCCAAGCACUACGGCAAUCGGGAGGGCCGGUCUGUCUGGGCGAUCCACACGAGGGACAACAGUGUCAACAGCCACAAGGGAUGCCAGAUUCUGGUGACGGUGCCCGCGAUCUUGCAGAUCCUGCUCCUAGCGCCCCUGAACGCCAAGACCUCCACAGACUUUUCGCGUCGUAUCAAGCGCAUUAUCUUCGACGAAGUGCAUUGUAUCGGUCAGUCGGACGAGGGUGUAGUCUGGGAGCAGCUUUUGCUGCUUGCGCCGUGCCCCAUCAUUGCUCUCUCUGCAACGAUCGCGAACGUCGAUGAGUUUAGGUCAUGGCUUGAGCAAUCUCAAAAAGUGAAGGGGUUUGAGCUCGAGAUGAUCGUGCACUCGUCAAGAUACUCCGACCUUCGCAAGUUCAUCCACGAUCCGGCACCAUCAGUCUCUGAGUUUACCGGCCUUGCUCCGGUUGAGCGGUUGCCUUAUCCGGGGCUCGACGCUGAGCUCACCGAAACUGACCCCACGCCGUUUUUGUUUAUCCACCCCAUCGCAAGCAUCGUUGACAGAAACCGGGAUACGCUCAACGAUGCGAGCCUAGAGCCAAAAGACUGUCUGAGUCUUUGGAAAGCCAUGAAUAAGCAUGCGAGCUCGGCAUAUCCAAUGCCACCAUCUCUGGACCCCAAGAAGGCGUUGCCGGAGGUGGUUGGAAAAUCCGAUGUCGUUCGAUGGGAGGUGGCACUCAAGGAUCACCUUGCCGAGUGGAUGACCGAUUCGAAGUCCCCGUUCGAUGCCGUACAGGACGAACUACGUGGGGAUCGGUACUCACGAUUGGCCGAGUCGUACACGGAACUCGGCUCUCCGGACGAUAGCGGUGAGGCUGUUGUUGAUGCGGCUGAGAAAUGGCCGUUGGUAUCGACCCGUUCAGUCUUCUCCCUCGUGACAGAUCUGCGCGCCAGCGGUGCGCUGCCGGCCAUUUUGUUUAAUUACGACCGCGCGGAGUGCGAAGCGAUUGGUACCCAUCUGUUUGAAGUUCUCACAAUGGCGGAGAAAAAGUACCGGGCGACAAACCCGGCUUGGAUCGCUAAGAUCGCUGCGUUUGAAGCCUGGAAGAAAGUCCAGGAGGCCAGCAAAGCCAAAAACCCGAAAAAGGCUAGCAGCAAGCGUCGUGAGGAUGAUGGGGAUGAGCAGGGGAAGGCCAACUCGGCACGGGAUGCAGCAAACCGCGAUGUGAGCAAGUGGGAAAGCUUCGAUCCCGAUGCGCCACUCGCCCAGUUCAGCUUUGCGGAUAACACGAAGAUCUCGAAAGAGGAACUCAAGGAGCGACUAGGGACCAUCUGGGCAGACGCCGUUCAGCCCCCCUUCGUCGAUGCGCUGCGCCGGGGUGUGGGUGUGCAUCAUGCGGGUAUGAAUCGACAAUACCGCCAAGUUGUCGAGAUGCUCUUCCGAAAGGGCUACCUCACGGUCGUCAUCGCAACAGGGACCCUGGCGAUGGGUAUUAAUAUGCCCUGCAAGACCGUCGUCUUUACAGGCGACUCCAUCUUCUUGACAGCCCUCAACUACCGGCAGGCUUCUGGCCGCGCGGGUCGUCGAGGGUUCGACAUGCUCGGCAACGUCGUCUUCCACCACAUGCCACCGCACCGCGCGCUCGAGGUCAUGUCGGCAAAGCUUCCUGACUUGCGAGGGCAGUUCCCGGCAUCCGUCACGCUGAUCCUGCGCUUGUUCAUCCUGCUCCACGGGACGGAUAAUUCAAGCUUUGCCGCCGAUGCGGUCAAGUCCCUGAUCACACAAAACAGGCUUUACCUUGGAGGCCCGGAGGCCCAGAUGUCCAUUACCCACCACUUGCGUUUCUCCAUCGACUACCUCCGGCGCCAGAAUAUGCUGUCCAAAACUGGUGUCCCGCUCAACUUCGCCGGGCUAGUAGACCGCCUUCACUACACUGAGUCCGCCGCCUUCGCCUUCCAAGCGCUGCUACAGGGAGGCUAUUUCCACGAAGUCUGCGCCGGCUUCUCCCCGACUAUCAGCCUAGCCAAAUGGCGGGAAAUGGCUCUUGAACUAGUCCUGACGUUGAGCCACCUCUUCACACCACCCUCCCGCUAA